AUGUCUAGAAAACUUACAUUUAUUCCCGGCCCUAUUGAAUUCUCCGCCAAUGUCCUCAAGGCUAUGGCCACUCCUUCUCAGGCCCACACUUCUCCUGAAUUCAUCAAAGUUUUCCAAUCCGCCUUACAGAAAACUAGAAGGGUUUUCUGUUCGUCUCCUUCUUCAGCUUCUCAGCCUUUUAUUUUGUCUGGUUCCGGUACUUUAGGUUGGGAUUUAUGUGGGGCUAAUCUUGUCAAUAGAUCUGAUAAAGUCUUGGUACUGUCUACGGGAUUCUUCUCGGACUCCUUCUCAAACUGUCUCAAAGUAUACUCCGACCAUGUCGACAUCUUGGAGGCAGAAUCCUUUGGUGACGUUGUCGACCUACAAAAAUUCAAAUCAAAAAUCUCCAAUCUUCAAUAUGAUGUCAUCACAAUCACUCAAACUGAUACAUCUUCUGGUGUCUUGUCCAAUGUUGAAGAAAUCUCUAAAAUCAUCAAAGACGUGUCACCAAAUUCCUUGAUUGUCGUUGACGCCGUUUGUGCAACCGCUUGUGAGUCUUUGGAAUUCGACUCUUGGGGAAUCGACUAUGUCUUGACCGCCUCCCAGAAGGCAAUUGGUGUUCCUGCCGGCUUGUCCAUCUCCAUUGCUUCUAAGAGGGCAAUUGAAAAGGCACUCUCUAAGGAGAAACCAACCUCCUUUUUCGCCGACAUGAAGAGAUGGAUUCCAAUUAUGCAGGCCUACGAAGCAGGUAAAGGCGCUUAUUUCGCCACUCCUGCAGUUCAAUUGGUUCAUGCAUUGGACGUUUCUCUUGAUGAAUUAUUGGCGUCUGGUUCAAUCCAUGAGAGAAUCAAUGCCCAUAAAGUUGCUUCCGAUAACUUCAAAAAUAAGUUGGUCAAUGAAUUGGGGCUCAAGUUGGUUCCAACUUCUCCAAGUCAUGCAGCACACGGCUUGUCUGUUGUUUAUUAUCCAGAAGGUAUCAAUGGCGGCGAUUUAUUGGCUAAAAUGGCUGAAAAUGGCUUCACCAUUGCCUCCGGUAUUUACAAAGACUACAAGGAUAAAUAUUUCAGAAUCGGCCAUAUGGGUGACAGUGUUGUUGGCCAAAGAAAGGACGAGUUCCCUCAAUGUUAUGAGGCUCUUAAGAAGUCCUUGCAACAAUUAGGUUAUAAGAAAUAA